AUGAGUGAAUCUAGUUCAAGGUCCAGCCAGCCUCUGGCCUCCAAACUGGAGAAAGAUGGGUCUGAGAAGAGAGGGCGGGGCCGACCCCGGAAACAACCUCCAAAGGAACCCAGUGAGGCACCAACUCCCAAGAGACCUCGGGGCCCACCGAAGGGGAGUCAGAACGAGGGGGCUGCAAAAGGCCGGAAAACCACCGCUGCACCAGGGAGCAAACCAAGAGGAGAAAGAAGAGGAAGAGGGAUAUCCCAGGAGUCUUUGCAGGAGGAGCAGUGA